AUGACGACCACAGAAGUAGAACAAUUAGCAUUUCACAUUAAUUCCGUGAAAAAAGAUGCACAAGAACAUCUUAUGGCUCAAAUAGAAAUAAAUGGGAAACUCACACCCAUGCAAAUAGACACAGCUGCAGAUGUGACAAUAAUUUCUGAAAGAGUAGCACAAACUAUACCUAACCUAGUGAUAAGACCUUCAGACAAAGUGCUCAAAAGUUAUAAUGGUACAAACAUAGAAGUAGUUGGUUCAUCACAAGUGAAAGUUCAGUACAAAGAUCAAGAGAUAGGUAAGUUACCAUUGACAAUAGUCAAGGGUCAAGGACAGACAUUAUUAGGAUUAGAUUGGUUAAGAUGCAUAAAAAUAGAUUGGCCUAGUAUUCUAAGGGUUACAGGUACAAAACAAGAACCAGCAGAAGAAAUUUCAUUAACUAAUCUUCUAUCAGAUUACAAAGAAGUAUUUGAAGACAGAGUAGGAACAGUAAAGAAUGCACAAGCAGUCUUAGUUUUAAAGGAGAAUGCUACUCCUAGAUUUUCUGCUCCAAGACCAGUUCCAUAUGCAUUGAAAACAGCUGUGGAAACUGAAAUUACAAGGUUAGAAAGUGAAGGUUCAUGGGAAAAGGUAGAUUAUUCAGAUUGGUCUUCACCAUUAGUUCCAAUUGUUAAGGACAACGGUCAAGUUAGGUUGUGUGGAGAUUACAAGGUAACAUUAAAUCCACAAUUGCAAGUAGCACAACAUCCAGUGCCAAAUCCUAAAGAUAUGUUCACAACUUUGUCAGGAUGCUCAGUAUUUUCUAAGAUAGAUCUUAGACAAGCAUUUCAACAACUAUCCAUGGAUGAAAAUUCCCAAAAGCUAUGUACUGUAAACACAUAUUUAGGGCUGUAUCGUCCAAAAAGACUUCCCUAUGGUGUUGCUAGCAGUCCAGCAAUAUGGCAGCAAACAAUGGGCAAAAUAUUCAGGAAUAAGUUAGAUCUAAUGUAUCCAAGCUUGCAGUCAGUUAGAACAGAAAGGUUAUGA